GGCUAAAAUCUGGGGACAGGACUAAGAGCUGGGAGUAGGUCUUGAGAGAAACUAGGGAUGGGACUGAGGGCUGGGCCUCAGCGGCCAAGCUAAGGUUUAGGCCUGAGAGAAAGGGGAGGUACUAAAAUUAAAGGUGGGACAAAAAGGGGCCUGGAAGAGCUGGGAGGCCCCGGAUGAAGAGCGCCGUUGAAGUUUAGAUUGGGCUAACACAACGCAGAACCGGGGGAAGGUGGAGGGAGGGGUUGGGAAAGCAUGAGGCGGAGUUAAGGGCUGGACUGGGGUGAAGCGGAGAUUGGGGUUUAUGGUUGCCUCGACCAAGCUGAGGUUCAGGAUUGGACUUCUGCAAGGAAGAGUCUUGUAGCGACGAAGAACUGGGCUGAGCGAUGUGGGUCAGGACGACACUGACGACUGAAAGGUGGACUAAGGAAAAGGCUAAGGACAAUACCAGCGCCUGGGAUGAGAACAGCACUGAUGUAAACAGGUUACCCAGCUGGGAGAGACGACACCUGCUGGCUGGCGUGGCGUCUAGCACUGAUGCGUCUACCUUCUCCGAAGGUGAAUUCAAGGACCCGGACAGGUGCUGCUGGAAACACAAACAGUGCACCAGGCACAUCAUCCACCCCUUCACCCCUGACUGUGGCCACCGUAGCCUGCACCUGCACUCUGUCAGCCACUGCGACUGUGAUUCUAGGGUGAAGGACUGCUCAGAGAAGGCCAACAGCAGCAGCUCCCGAGACGUAGGCCCAACCUGCUCCCGAGAUGUGGGCUCAACAUGUUUAAACAUCAUCCAGUCCCCUUGCUUUGAGCUCAUCCCAGAGGAAGAGUGUGUGCAGCGGUUCUGGUAUGGCUGGUGCAAAAGCUAUAGGCCUGUCUCUGUGGCAGUGAUCCACCAUCCCAUCCACCAUGACUGUGGGGCAGACGAUCUGAAUGAAGAGGAGGAGGAGGAGGAGGAGGAAGAGGGAAGCAAGCCUCCCAUCCCGACCCAGGUGGGGCCUGCCACCACACCCGCUGACACAGGCAUGGGCGCAGUCACAGGUACCCCGGACUCAGCAGCUCCCAUCACUAUCUGGCGCUCUGAGAGCCCCACAGGGAAGUCCCAGGGCAAUAAAGUGAUCAAGAAGGUAAAGAAGAAGAAAGACAAGGAGGAGGAGACAGAUGAGAAGGCAAAGCUGAAGAAAAAAGCCAAGAAGGGCAAACUGAUUAAGAAGAAAAGCCCAGUUAAAUCGGAAUCUCCACCUCCAGACUUGAUCCGAUCAAUAAGCCCAAGAGAGUUGGCCAGGAUGUCAGAGUCCAGCCCAGACAGCCGGGAAGACCUGGAGAGUGAGGACAGUUACAAUGACCCCAGGCGGGAGGAACCCUCCAGCGAGGACAUCGUGGAGUCUUCAUUGCCCAGGAAGAGAGAGAACACGGCCCAGGCUAAGAAACCCAGGGCGAAGGCCUCACCAGUCAAGAAGGUCAAGAGGAAAUCUCCCCCAGCAUCAAACCCCAAUCUCAGUUGAGGCCAGGGCAUCCAGGGUGAAGAAUAAAUGAGAUCAAGCCUG